AUGGUAGCAAUGGAGCCUGAACUCGAACAAAACUUCCGCCAUAAUUCAUUAAUUGGAGAAGAGAACCGAUUACUUACAUGGGAAUCCGAGGACACUCACUCCAAUCCGUCCGUUGGGUCUUCAAUGAUCCCAUCAGAAACAAGUGAAGAUCGCGACUUUGUCGUGUCUGAUACAGAUAAAUUGUCAUACGUUUCUCACAAUUCCUCGGAACCUUUCGAUUCAUAUUAUUUUUGUCAGGAAGGAUGGGAUAAAACUAGUGUCAAUGAGGUAAGCGGUUCUCUUUCCAUUACUUUACGAUUGCUGACGGAAGGAUUCAUGAUAGCCGGGAGAGAAAAUUCCCAUAAAAACCGUCAUUCAACGAUCAGUGAACCGAGAUGGGCAUCAGGUGGUCCAGUAUCUUGUUCUGUGGUAUUCUUGGGAGGAGAACCCAGUUUGAAUUUGGCUUGA